GCCUCUGUGCAGCUCUGGCCUGAGCUUCUAUCAACUGUUGAGUAAUCCCACUGUUUACCUCUUUGUAGGAAGCUCCUUCUUCUCAGGACAUCCUGGUGUUUCUCACCGGCCAGGAGGAGAUCGAAGCGAUGAGCAAGACCUGCCGAGACAUUGCAAAGCACCUCCCAGACGGCUGCCCUGCGAUGCUGGUCCUUCCUCUGUACGCCUCCUUGCCCUAUGCACAGCAGCUCCGCGUCUUCCAGGGGGCCCCCAAGACAGUGGUCUUGAGGUGCUAGCUGUGCAGCGGGUGUCAAAGACCCAGGCCUGGCAGCGCACGGGAAGGGCUGGCAGAGAGGACAGUGGCAUCUGCUACCGGCUCUACACUGAGGAAGAGUUUGAGAAGUUUGAUAAGAUGACUGUGCCAGAGAUCCAGAGGUGUAACCUGGCGAGCGUGAUGCUACAGCUCCUAGCGAUGAAAGUCCCAGAUGUGCUCACUUUUGACUUCAUGUCCAAACCGUCUCCAGAAUUCCAUUGCACCGAAGAGAUACUGACCAUUGUCUCCCUGCUGUCCGUGGACAGCGUUCUCUACAACCCUCCUGCCCGGCGGGAUGAGGUGCAGGGCAUUCGGAAGAAGUUCAUAUCCAGUGAGGGGGACCACAUUACCCUGCUGAAUAUCUACCGGACCUUCAAAAACAUCGGUGGAAAUAAG